AUGAGAAUAGUUUUUGACACUUUCGCGAAAAUUAACCACGAGUCGCCCAGUCGAAGCGACAUACUGUACAAGGGUCCUCAGCUAACGCCGCAACUGUACGAUAUCCUAUUGAGAUUUAGAUCAUAUCCUAUAGUAUUGAUAGCGGACAUAGAAAAAGCAUUUCUACAAAUUGCGAUCAAAGAAACAGGUCGUAAUUUUUUGAGGUUUUUGUGGUUUGAAGAAAAAGAUGUUAUGUUUUUUAUCGACAAAAAAAGGUUUAUUACGUUGCAGGGGUCGACUUCUAAAACACAUCUCUCAAAAACAAACACUUACCGAAUUCCGACAGAAUUCGGUAAGUAA